ACAUAAACAGCGGCUCCGCACUCCGUCAGCACGCCGACUCGACGCCUCUUUCCCCGCGCUGCAGCUCCAAGGGACCACCGCGGCUCAUCCAGGUUCCACAGGACUCCCGACCACCCGACCACCCGACCACAGAUCACCAUUUACCGCGGGCCCAGGCAGGAUGGCAGUGCAACACCCACAGUUUGAGCUGGCCGGACAGAAGCAGGGCCUCCAGGUGUGGAGGGUGGAGAACUUCGACCUGGUGCCGGUCCCCGAAAACCUGUACGGGGGAUUUUACACUGGAGACGCUUACCUCAUCCUCAACACCAUCAAACAGCGCUCCGGGAACCUGCAGUUUGACCUGCACUUCUGGUUGGGUGAUUUCUGCACCCAGGAUGAGCGCGGCUCGGCGGCCAUCUUUACGGUCCAAAUGGAUGACUUCCUGGGGGGGAAACCCAUCCAGUACCGCGAGGUCCAGGGAUACGAGUCCAAGACCUUUAUUGGUUACUUCAAGUCAGGAAUCAAAUACAUGAAAGGGGGCGUGGCCUCCGGGUUCAAGCAUGUGGUCACCAACGAGGUGGUCAUGCUGCGGCUGCUCCAGGUCAAAGGUCGGCGUUCUGUCCGGGCAACGGAGGUGGCGGUCAGCUGGGACAGCUUCAACCAGGGCGACUGCUUCAUCCUGGACCUGGGUGCUGAGAUUUACCAGUGGUGCGGCUCCCAGAGCAACCGCUUCGAGAAGCUCAAGGCUACUCAGGUCGCCAAGGGUAUCCGUGACAACGAGCGCAACGGGAGGGCCCAGGUCUAUGUCUGCGACGAGGGCAUGGAGAGAGAGAAGAUGGUGGAGGUUUUAGGCCCAAAGCCCGAUCUGCCCGCAGGAGCGUCUGAUGACAUCAUCGCCGAUGCUUCAAACAGGAAGAUGGCCAAGCUGUACAAGGUGUCCAAUGCCAGCGGGGGCAUGACCAUCGCGCUGGUGGCAGCGGAGAACCCGUUCGCUCAGAGCGCCCUGGAGUCCGGCGACUGCUUCAUUCUGGACCACGGAUCCGAUGGAAAGAUCUUCGUCUGGAAAGGCAAAGACGCCAACAUGGACGAGCGAAAGGAGGCGAUGAAAGCAGCCGACGAGUUCAUCAAGAAGAUGGGCUACCCCAAACACACGCAGGUGCAGAUCCUGCCGGAGAUGGGCGAGACGCCGCUCUUCAAGCAGUUCUUCAAAAACUGGCGGGACAAAGAGCAGACGGUGGGCCUGGGCGUGGCCUACAUCGCCAACAGCAUCGCCAAGAUCGAGAAGGUGCCCUUCGACGCGUCCGGCCUGCACGACUCCUCCGCCAUGGCCGCCCAGCACGGCAUGGUGGACGACGGCAGCGGGGAGAAGCAGAUCUGGCGUAUCGAGGCGUCCGACAAGGUGGAGGUGGAUCCGUCCUCGUUCGGGCAGUUCUACGGGGGAGACAGCUACAUCAUCCUUUACAACUACAGUCACGGAGGACGCCAGGGACACAUUAUCUACAUGUGGCAGGGGGCGGACUCCAGCCCCGAUGAAAUGGGGGCCUCUGCGAUCCUGGGCUCCCAGCUGGACGACGAGCUGGGCGGCGGCCCUGUGCAGGUUGUGGGUGCUCCUAUAACCACUCAGGUGAGGGUGGUGCAGGGCAAGGAGCCGGCCCACCUGAUGAGCCUGUUCGGAGGACAGCCCAUGGUGGUGUACAAGGGGGGGACGUCCAGAGAAGGAGGUCAGUCGGCUCCCGCGGAGACGCGACUCUUCCAGGUGCGCUCCAACUCUACAGGACACACCAGAGCUGUGGAGCUCGACGCAGCGUCAUCCAACCUGAACUCCAACGACGCUUUUAUUCUGGUGACCCCCGGCGGCUCCUUCCUGUGGGUGGGCGAGGGUGCCAGCGACCCCGAGAAGCAGGGAGCGCAGCAGCUGUGUGGCAUCCUGGGAGUGUCGGCCUCCGAGCUGCCGGAGGGAGGAGAGACUGAUGAUUUCUGGGAGGCUCUUGGAGGAAAGACCGAAUAUCGCACUUCUACUAGACUCAAGGACAAGAUGGACGCUCACCCACCACGACUCUUUGCUUGCUCCAACAAGACCGGCAACUUCAUCAUUGAGGAGGUACCCGGGGAGAUGACCCAGGAAGACCUCGCCACUGACGAUGUCAUGAUCCUGGACUCCUGGGACCAGGUGUUCGUCUGGAUCGGAAACGAAGCCCAAGAGGAGGAGAAGACUGAGGCGAUGGCGUCUGCGGCCCGUUACAUCGAGACAGACCCGGCCAACAGGGACCGCAGGACGCCCAUCGUCAAGAUCAAGCAGGGCUUUGAGCCCCCGACCUUCACCGGCUGGUUCCUGGGCUGGGACCACGAGUACUGGACCAGCGAUCCGCUGGAACGCGCCAUGGCUGAACUGGCCCUGUGAGAUCUCACCUCGCCGUGACCUUUGCCCCCCCGCUCAGCUGCAAGCACCAGUCAACACUUUUUUACCCACUAAUGCACCCGAAAAAAUAGAAUAUCUUUUUGUUGUCUUUGAGAAGGAUAUUCGAGGUUUUGUUUUUGUUUACUUUGUGUAAGCCAAUAGCAAUAGAGCUUUAACAGAUACUCAGGCAUCCUGUAGAGUUUGCUUCUCUUAAUGAAGUCGGUUUAUUUUAUAUAUUGAAAACAAACGAAAGCUGGUGAAAUCUAAUGAAAACAGUCUUGGUGUGCUGCAACAUCAAAAAUGACACCUGCCAAGUAAACACAACCAAUGCCUUAAUAUUUUUUACUGUAGUUUACAGUAAACCUACUUUUAGUUCCAGUUAUGGACGCCUUUAUAGAUAAGUGGUUUUGCACCUUCAGUUUAGAUGUCUCGUGUUUUUUUUGUGUGUGAAUAUAAUGUGUUCCUGUCCAUACAAGAUUGUGUGACGCUGCAGUAGCCAACUUUAAAUGGGAAACCAACGCUUUGCUGCUUCACAACCUUGACUUUUGAAGGUUUCCCAGGUCAUGAUUUCAAUAAAACGUAGUUACACUUACCAUGUUUUACAGCUCGGCUUGUAGAAACAUACACUGAUCUGAAAAAGAAUAAAAUCCAGAGACAAUCA